GAUGUAUUUGCGCAUAAGACAGCUGAAUCCUUCAUCUUUGACGCCGUUUUCUCAUCAAUUUCGGUCAAGAGUCACAGCGAACCAUAGCCCGAGCAUAGCGAAGUCUGUUGGUGGCUGUGACGAAUGUCGUGGGAAUGAAAUUUAUCCAGCUGUCACGCCCUCCCCUCAGCUAGCUCACUACUUUCAUUUACUCCCUUCCCCCUCCGCUCCCUUUUGACUCUUCACCAUGUCUCAUGCUGACCACACAAGAGAUCCAUGUCCAUGGGUCAUAUUAAAUGACUUUGGAGGCGCAUUUGCUAUGGGCGCUGUCGGCGGCGGUAUAUGGCACGGUAUCAAGGGCGCACGAAACUCCCCUAGGGGUGAACGUUUGGUUGGUGCUAUAUCUACCAUCAAAGCACGUGCCCCAGUUACAGGUGGCAACUUCGGCGUUUGGGGAGGCAUGUUCUCCACUUUCGAUUGUGCUGUGAAAGGUUGGCGGCAAAAGGAGGAUGCUUGGAAUGCCAUUAUUUCGGGGUUCAUGACGGGUGGAUGUUUGGCUGCACGAAGUGGCCCAAAAUCAGCACUAGGAUCUGCAAUUGCGUGUGGUAUCCUCUUGGGUGUAUUCGAGGGUGUCGGUGUCCUUCUCUCCCGUGUGUUCAGCGAGGGUACACGACCACAGCUUCCGCAACUACCAGACACUAUUCAGCCACAGCCCUCAGGACACUAGCUCCAUACCUGCCUUGCAAUCUAUAUUACAAUAGAUGUCUCUCUCUGCCUUAUGGCCCACUUACCCUCUUCAUUGUAUAUUCGCGCUGCAAUGCAAUGCAUAGUACUGAAUCUACUCAUCAUCAGACCUGAUAUGAUCUGUUGCCAUCGGGCUCUUCCAGUCUCGAGACUCUUCGAAUCUUGUGCCUGCUAUAUCAAUAUUGCAAAUUCGUGUAGGAAACUCGUACACAGGAAGGACAGUCACUAUAUGGAUCGCGCUCUU